CUCAAUCAAAAACCCUCAAAAUCAAAUAUUAAGACAUCAUAUCAUAGAAAAUGUCCAAGAAAAUGAAGAAUUUUGUCCCAAAUGAGGAAAGAAACAUCUUCACACCACUCACCUUGUCAGGAUCUAAACAUCCCAUUCUCCUUCAAGAAAACCCUCUUAUUUUUUUUGCUCUUCAUUUUCUUGGUCAUCUUCAUCGUAGGAGUUCCUCUUCUUUGCAUGUUCUUCGUCUUGAAGCCAAAGAUGCCCGAUUUCUCUCUCCAAAACCUUGAUGUAGAAUCCUACAAGCUCGACUUGAGCUCCCAAAACCUCGUCGUUUCAUCUGUUUUCGCUCUCAACUUGAAAGCAGACAAUCCAAACAAGGUUGGAUUGAGUUUCGAAGCUUCUAGAUUCUAUGUCCUAAGCCAAGGAUUGGUGGUCGGAUUGAUCAGAAUUCCUCAGUUUCAUCAACCCCCAUUGAGCAAAAACGUGAGUGUUCAAACACGAGUGUUGUUCGAAUGCGUCAACGUUAGUGAAAUUAUGGAUAGAAAUUCAAGAAAAUAUCAAUCUUCCAAGGGAGCUUCUGAUGAUAUUAGAAUUUUAGGCGACGUCUCAGCGCAAGUUCGGAUUUUUAACAUCGUGUUGCCAAAGAUCAAGGUUGCUUUGGAUUGUGGUAUAAAUGUUAGCCAGUCGAAGUUGUCAGUUAGCAACGUAGAAGUGUACAGCAUGAGAUGGAUUCCUAAUCAAUUGUUUUCACUUCCUCUCAACUCCCAGACAGUCUCCAAGAAAUGCUCUCUAGCUAUAUUGAUGUAGCUAGCUAUGAAUUCCAACAUGUUGCAGAUCGAGUGUUUUUUUUUUUUUUUUUUUUGAGGCGGAAAGGGAGUAUAUAUUAAUGAAUGUCAAGGCGAGCAAUAUCAAGAAGCCAAGGAGGGAAUCCCGACUUCCAGAUCAUUACAGAUCGAGUGUUAAUUACAUUAAUUGAUGCUUCUCAAAGUAAAUUCUGUUAAUUUGUAUAUAUGCAGUACGUGUAUGUAUAGUGGAAUUAUAAGUGUAAAUGUACUUUCAUAUAAUCUACCAAACAAACUUUGGCAUC